AUGCUUGCCCGGCAGAGUGUUGCCCGCCUCGCUUCCCAGACGGCCGCGCCGUCUGGCGCGCGCAACAUGGCCACGCUCCGCGAGCUCGAGACGCGCCUCAAGUCCGUCCGGAACAUUGAGAAAAUCACGAAGUCGAUGAAAAUGAUUGCGUCGACGAAGCUGGCUAAGGCGCAGCGCGCGAUGCAGAACGGCAAGCAGUACGGUCUCGCCGGCCAGGAGGUCUUCCAGCAGUCCAAGGCCGAGGGCGAGGAGGCGCCCAAGAAGAAGCUCUACCUCGUCAUCUCCUCCGACAAGGGCCUCUGCGGCGGUGUCCACUCGGCCGUCUCCAAGUUCACCCGUCGCGAGCUCGCCGCCGGCGACGCACAGUCGCCCGUCAUGAUCGUCGGCGACAAGUCAAAGGCCCAGCUCAGCCGUGCCGUCAGCGGCAACCUCGCCCUCACGUUCAACCAGAUUGGCCGUGAUGUGCCGACGUUUGCGGACGCGUCUGCUGUGGCGGACCUUAUCCUGAAGAGCGGUGUCGAGUGGGACGCGGUCGAGAUUGUUUACAACAAGUUCGUGUCGGCUAUCUCGUACGAGGCUACGAGCAUCGUCGUUCCCGGCGAGUCGACAUUCAAAGAGACGUCUGGCUUCAAGGCGUACGAGAUGGAGGACGAGGUCACCAGGGACCUCGCUGAGUUCUCCCUCGCCAACGCCAUCUAUGCCGCUCUCACUGAGGGCCACGCUGCUGAGCAGUCUUCCCGCCGUAACGCCAUGGACAACGCCUCUAAGAACGCGUCGGACAUGAUCGGCUCGCUCCAGAUGCAGUACAACCGUGGUCGCCAGGCCGCCAUCACGAACGAGCUCGUCGACAUCAUUACCGGUGCCAGCGCGCUCUAA